AUGAAAGCACAAAUCAUCACAGACUAUGCCAAACCUUCCGAAUUAAAAUUGGACUGGGAUUUGCCAGCCUUUGAUCCGAAGAGUGAUCAAGUAAUGGUUCGAUUAAAAUCAGCCUCAAUGAAUCGUGGUGAUUAUACAAUGAGAAGUGGAGCAGCUAAGAGUUUCAUUUCCAUGCAAUUUCCAUGUAUUUUGGGAAAGGAAGGAAGUGGUGUGGUGGAGAGAGUUGGAGAGAAGGUAAAUUCAAUUCAGGUUGGAGAUGAAGUGGUUGGAGUAUUUGGAGAUUUGAUUAAAACUGGAGCCUAUGCUGAGUUUGCAGUUUUUAAGGAAAAGGAAGUGGUGUUAAAACCUAAAUCUUUGGAUUUUGAUCAUGCUUCGAUAAUACCAGGCAUUGGAAUGACGAUUGUGGAGAUGUGUAGAUCACAUGAUUGGAUUUUGCCAAUUAUUGAAAGAGAGGCAGAUAGAGUUUCACUUGGUCAAGAAUUAACACCAGAAUAUGAGGAAUCAGAAAAGAAAUCAUUGACCAUUGUUGUGAUUGGAGCAAGUUCAGGAACAGGAUGUAUGGCUGUGCUGUUUGCCAAGAACUUUUUAUCGAGAUAUUUCAAUACCAAGGUAAUUGCUGUUUGCUCUGAAAGGAAUUCCACAUUUGCCAGAGAGCAACUCGGUGCUGAUGGAGUAAUUGACUAUACUAAGACAAGUGCAGCAUUUGGAAACAAUACCUUUCAUUCAGGUGAUGAAAAAUUGAGUAUUUUCCAAACUCUUAAAAAGGAUUUCAAGAUUGAUUUUGUGGAUAUGGUUAUGGAUUGUGUUGGAGGAUAUUAUUAUUACGAUGAUUUGACAAGACACUUGAAAUGUUGUACAGAUGAUGGAAGAAGAACCUAUCAUGUAGCUAUUGCUCCACCAGGACCACUCGAGUUGUCCUAUUCAACUGUUCCUGCCAUUGUGUGGUAUAUUCUCAAGAAUAAGUUCAAGAGUUGGUGGUCAGCUCAGAAUCCAUAUUAUUUCUUCUUCUCCACAAGUCCAGAUAAUCCAAGAAUUAUGAAAUUCCUAGCAAGUGAACAAUUCAGUCCAAUAUUUGAAAAGAUUCCUAUCACUAGCUUUUCUUUGGAAGAUUAUCAGAAAGCAGACGAUUUGAUGGCAUCUCAAAGAACAGUUGGUAAAAUUGUCAUCAACAUGUAA